GAUCAUGUUCAAACAACUUCAUAUAUUAUUCCAAACACUUUGAAUCCUCGUUAAUGAUCAACAUAUGAGUGUCUGCCUGCGUACAGGCUCUAUAGUGCUGUAUUCACUUCUCACCAAAUUUACAGUGCUUGUCCUCUGUGUUCACACUAGUAUGCAUAUGCAUCUUGCGCGUCAGUCCUGUAUUGUUGUGUUACCUCUAAUGCGUUCAUCCAUGUUGGUUUUCAGACGCAGUGUCCAUGUCAAGUGUUGUCUCACUGCAUCAAGCCUCGACCUCACCCUGUCAUGUUCGAGCUACUCUCUAUACUCUGCAACACCACGUCAAGCGACUCAAGCCCCAACCAUGGCAUGUCAGAAGCCUCGUUUAGGCUGGGUCAAGCACCACUCACACCACGACAAGUUCUCCCAAACAUCUUCGCAGUCUCUGUGCUAAUAUCAACAUCCACACUCUAUGCCGCGUCAAUGCCGCGUCAAACCUC